UAUCAUACCAUUAUAAUUCGAAACAAUGAAAAUGGGUGUUGUAGAAAUCCCAAAGCUAGUACUAUUUUCUUUUCCAAUUGGUGUUUUUGGGUUGUAUCUCUUAGUAAUUCUCAUCAAAUUUCUUCACAAAGUACGGUGGAAUCCGAUUCAGAUAGCAAAAAUCUUUUCUAUACAAGGAAUCAAAGGUCCUCCUUACAAAUUCCUCCAUGGAAAUACCAAAGAAAUCUAUAAAACAUUAUUUGAAACUCGAAGUAAACCCAUGAAUGACUCAUCUCAUCAUAUCUUCCCGUAUCUUCAACCUUUCCAACACUCGUGCAUCAAAGAUUACGGGAAGAACUUUCUUUGUUGGAUCGGAUCAAAACCUCAACUGUUUAUAACUGAGAUGGAGUUAGUCAAAGAGAUACUGAACAAUAAAGAUGGGGCAUACCCAAAAUAUAAAGCAGAAGGAUAUGCGAAGAAGUUAUUAGGAGACGGGCUUGUGACAACGGAAGGAAAUAAAUGGGUCAAACAACGUAAAUUGGCUAACCAUGCUUUUCAUGCUGAGAGCUUAAAGGGAAUGGUUCCAGCCAUGAUAGCGUCUGUCGAAACAAUGGUAAAGAAGUGGAAAGAUUACGAAGGGAAAGAGAUAGAAGUGUUCGAGGAAUUUAGAAUCAUGACAUCCGAAGUAAUCUCAAGGGCUGCUUUCGGAAGCAGUUAUGAUGAAGGAGAGAACAUUUUCGAGAUGUUGGUCAAGUUAGGUUCACUUAUGUCUAUGGAUGUUCUUAAGAUAAGGAUUCCCGUUAUCAGAAAAAUUGUGCCAAAUCAAGACGACACUGAAUCAGACAGACUAGAAAGAGAAAUUAGAAAAUCAAUUAUAGGAUUAAUAAAGAAAAGAGAAGAAAAAGUGAAUGGGGGAGAAAUGGAAGGUGGAUAUGGGAGUGACUAUCUUGCAGUGCUCAUAAAAGCAUAUAAUGAAUCCGAUGGCAACAAAAAGAUUUCUGUGGAUGAUCUUAUUGAUGAAUGCAAAACUUUUCAUGUUGCUGGUCAUGAGACAACAACUAGUUUACUUACAUGGACGUGUCUACUUCUAGCCAUUCAUACAGAAUGGCAAGACAAAGCUAGGAAGGAGGUCUUUGAGUUGAUUGGGGAAAAUAAAAUUAUUAUUGACGACAAUUUUCUUGGGAAACUGAAAAUCAUGAAUAUGGUCAUUAAUGAAACUCUAAGGCUUUAUCCACGGGUUGUUACAAUUACAAGAACAGUUGGGAAAAAAGUUAAUUUGGCUAACAAGUUGAUUCUUCCAUCAAGGACAGAAUUAAGCGUUUCAAACUUGGCAUUUCAGCAUAAUCCAGAUAUAUGGGGAGCAGAUGUCCAUCUUUUCAAACCAGAGAGAUUUUCUGAGGGUAUCGUGAAAGCAACAAACAACAACAGCAUGGCCUUUCUUCCAUUUGGUCUGGGGCCUCGGUUUUGCGUUGGUUCAAACUUUGCUAUCAAUGAAGUCAAGAUUGCCCUUGUCAUGAUUCUUCAACGUUUCCACUUUACACUUUCCCCUGCCUAUAUUCACUCACCAAUACACCGCCUCACUACUCGUCCCCAACAUGGACUUCAGAUUAUAUUGCAUGCGUUAUAGUUACAAAUAAAUGGAUAGUGCACAAUUGACGAAAUAUUACCUUACUCGUGGAAAAUAGGUGUCUCUUUGUCUCCAUACAUUCGUAUAACUACUCUUGUAGGAUUGUCUAGAUUGUUAAUGUAUACUGAAAAUUCUGCUAGGUGUUCAGGAUUUUAGAUUAAUAAAAAUUGUCGUGUGAUCUCUCGUAGCCUAUUUGCUAAUGGUCGUUUCAUGUUUUGCAAACUGAAAUUAGGACUCAUGUUAAUAUUUUAGAUAUUAUAAAUAAAUCCUCAGGACAUGUUAACUUUUU